AUUCUCUGGAUUAAUUUGCCUCCGUUAAUGUUUCUGGUAUGCACGGCAGGGCUCGUUUCCUGUGGUGUAGUUUAUUCAGGUUGUGUAUUCAAUUUUGAAAGCUUAAGUCUGCUUUGCGAAGUUUUUUCCCCCCUUCUAUUCCUGAACAUAGCUUUUAAUACAUUUCACAUAGGAGGAUAAGAGUGCGUGAUGGAUGGAAUGCGUCCCUUUAUGGUUUGGGCUCUGAAAGGUAGGAGGAAAGGGGGGUCGGGCUUGAUAGACGAGGUUUGCGCUCUAAAAUGAGCCAGGCAGGGGAGUUAAGUGCACUCAAACGCGAGCACCAACUGCGAUCACAGCACCGUGAGCGAGAGGGCAGCGAGACCAACACCAAGACUUGUCAGCACAAUGAAUGGCUGCCGGCUUCUGGAGUGUGUAACACCAAAAUAUUUCUCCUGAACUCCUUACAUUUUCUGUGAAGGAUUUAAGUUUCAUAAAACACGAAGGAUGAACGACGACAGUACCUGUUACAUCCCCUCCGGAACCGUGAGCAUACAAGUUAGACGGUAGUUUCAGAACCGUCAGAAACUUCUGCAGGGCAGUUUAGUUUUUCUACCUCCGUCCUUUUCAUUUUGUACGGAUGCAUCCCUAUUGACAUUCUCUCUACCCAAUCGAUUUACAUUUUGGAAGUUCGUUUUUGGGGCUAUUGUUUCGCACUAGUUUGUCUUGAAAUGUUUCCGUACGAGUUGUACGUCAGUUUCCUGGCUGUUGCGUCCCUCGUUUGUAUACCUCGGGCCACGGGGGCGGCGUGCGAACCUGUGCGGAUUCCCAUGUGCACGCUCAUGCCGUGGAACAUGACGAAGAUGCCAAACCAUCUUCACCACAGCACGCAGGCGAAUGCGGUGCUGGCCAUCGAGCAGUUCGAGGGGCUCAUCGGGACCCAGUGCAGCCCGGAGCUCCUGUUCUUCCUGUGCGCGAUGUACGCGCCGAUAUGCACGAUAGACUUCCAGCACGACCCGAUCAAGCCGUGCAAAUCGGUGUGCGAGAGGGCCAAGUGCGGCUGCGAACCCGUCAUGAAGAGGUACAACCACACAUGGCCGGAGAGUCUUGCCUGCGAAGAACUGCCUGUAUAUGACAGAGGGGUCUGUAUUUCACCCGAGGCAAUAGUCAAAGCGGAAGGACCAGACAACCCAUAUUACCAAGAGUCAAAAUGCUCUUCAGACCUCCCAGCAGAGUUUCAGGAUGAAAACUGCAAAGGCUCCAGCAGUGAACCAUGCAAGUGCAAAACAGUAAGACUUGCUCAGAAGACAUAUUUAAAGAAUAAUUACAAUUAUGUGAUCCGCGCGCGGGUGAAGGAGGUGCGGAGCCGGAACCAUGACUUCAGCGCGGUGGUGGAGGUGAAAGACGUGCUGAAGUCGUCCCUGGUCGGCAUCCCGCGGGACACGGUGACGCUCUACUACAGCUCGGGCUGCCCGUGCCCGCCUCUGUCCGCCAACGAGGAGUACAUCAUCAUGGGCUACGAGAGCGAGGAGCGGUCCAGGUUGUUGCUUAUUGACGGAUCUGUUGCACAGAAGUGGAAGGACCGCAUGGCAAGGAAAGUGAAGCGUUGGGACCAAACGCUUCGGGAUCAAAGUCGCUUCGGAAGGAACACCGCUAGGCGGAGCCGCCACUGAUGCCAAGAAUACGUCGACGGACAGCGACACGGACAAAUCAGAGGACAGCGCGGCUUUAAAGCAACAGGCUAAUUGCACUAUUACACAUUCUUUUUGUUGUCGCAUUUGAAUUUAAGUCGGUCUUUUCAUUAUUAUUAUUUUUAAAUGUUUGUUUUUCAUUUUCACAUUUGUUUCUCCUUCUUUGUUGUGAAAAUGAGUUUAUCCGAGAGCACUGUGUAAGGAGAUUUGGGAGAAGACCACAGUGCAUAACUUGGAAGGUGGCUUUUGCCUGAACGAAUGUAGUGUGGCGUGUGAUUGGCUGAGGGGUCUGAGGAUAUUUGUCUGACAGACACGCCCUGGAGAAUGAAGUAUGUGACAUGCGUUUCGAUGUUCACUCCGUGCCGUUAAUAUAAAGACAAACGGAUUUCAGAAAGACAGUCAGUCUGGUAGCUGCUUUCUUAUAGACCUAUUCACAGAAGAGGGAUAAACUCGCCUCAAGCGAGAAUCGCUGAAGAAGAAGCUGCUUUUGGGCAACGGAUGUCGAGACGAGUGUGGCUGAAGAUGGAAACGCAUGAAGUAGCACCAACACAAUGAUGGCGUGACUGUAAAAUGUUUGUUAUAAAUCAGUUAUUUUCACUGUUCUGCAGAUCUUUUUAUGCUUUUUGAAACAAUAUAUUCUUCUCUAAAACUCACAUAAGUCAUAUUAUACACUAUAUCUGGAAACCAUUGGUCAGUUGAACUGUACCAUUGUUCUUCCAUCUGAACUUUAUUUGCCAUUUAAUUACUGUUGUUGUAAUACUCAAAUACAGUUUUUAUUAAAAUAAGCGGAUGCUAAAUAUCUCUGA